AACGUAAUGCUUUACCUAGAAGUGGCACAGUAAAAACCUCGUAUAAUUCCUAUUUUGCUAUGUAUUGCGUUAAGAAACGUUAUCUUACAAAAGUUGAUUGCCCAUUUAAAGCCUUUCUUGAAUUAAUUAAACGUACAUAUCCGUUAAGAAGAGUAGACACAACACCCGCCAAAAUGCGGCCUAAUUCCGCUGAAAUCCCACAAUCCCGAGACGUCGCCGUACAAACGGAAUCGUCAUCUCCGUCCGUCCCUAGUCCACAAAUUCCAGUCGUCCAGUUCCAGCCAAAUCCAGCCGUCCCAUACCGAAAGAGGGGAAGAAGAAUCGAGUUUCCCGAAGUCGAAGUCUUCGAUGAUUCCGACUUCGAAUACUAGCUAGCUAAGGUUUACUUUUGUUUCUGGGGGAACGCUAGGGCCGACCACGAAAUUGACGCCUCCCAGUAAUAAGAUCAUUGUAUAAGGGGAAAUGGAUGAAUUGUUAAUUGCUCAUCAGUCAUUAGAUGACAUCAUCACUUCGUUUUAUCCGGAUAAUGUUGGGGACACCAGUGAUACAGUCAAUAUUAGGUCAUCCUUUAACAACUUGAACAGUAGCAGCCAGGCAGUGACAGACUUCUUGGAAUGCUUCUCGCGUCUGACUGCAUUGCGGGAAGAACUGGCAGUGAUGGAAGAAAAGUUAAAUUUUGCACAGCUUAACAAACUUUCUUCAAAUUUAAUACACCCAGCAGUUGUAGGUGAACACAUUUUAUGGUGCCAGGAAGCUGAGAAGCACUUGCGAACAAUUAUCGAGAACAAAGACUUGUUGAUUUAUCACUUGCAGCAGCCAUUCAUCACCAAUUAUUUGACUAUGCAUUAUCAGUAUCACAAAGAUUUGGUAACUUUAGUCGAGGAUCUCUCCGAUAUUCUGAACAAAACUGAAGUCCAUCUUCAACUGAUGGAGGACCAGGCACAAGACUCUGUGCUUCAGCGAGCAGACUCUGGUAUCAUCAAUAUAGUUCAGACUGUGACAGAACUGAAGACGACCCUAGAUAAUAUUGUCGCUCUUAAGAAGAUUAUACCAGGAAUAAUAGCUCAAAAGCAAGGUGAUAUCCCCAUCAAAUAGCAAGAGGAAGAGAGUAUAUUUUAACUAAUUUUACAAAUACGAUGCUACAUGUGUAAUAAUACAUCAACCAGGUAAUUCAUUGGCUAUAUAAAAUACAUUUCACAGGAUUGAAUUAAGAAAAAAUAGCUGCCAUUUAGUGUAAACACUAAAGCUUGGUAGGUGAUAAGUAAUUUUUACUCUAUCAUUCAUAAAUUACUGUUUUGUAUUCUACAAAGAUUGUAGUAUGUAUAUAAUUAAAUCAGUUUAUAGUACAUAUUUUUAUAGGAUUUGUAACAUUAGGUUUGUAAGGAAUUUUCACAAAAAUGUAUUGGGAAUUGUCCAGCAAGCAUCAUAUGUGUAGUUCUGAAACAUCCUCAUCAGCUUAUCAAAUGUUUCUAGUGUAUUCAUUCUCAAACAUUUGUGGAUGUGGUCUAUAAUCUUUUUACAUAUUUUCAAAAUUCCCAAGGCUUGGUUAAUGGGUAUUCUUGAUAAUUUCCCAAAGCACUUUGUAUUGAACCUGAUAUACAUAGUAGGAAAUGUGAUUGGAAAAUCACAUUUCCUACUACAUACAUCAAGUUCAAUACAAAGCGCCUCUCUCAUGUGAAGAUGCAAGGUCUUUAAAGGGUGUGAAUUUCAGAUCUCAUUGAUACCUGUCCUUCCUGCAUAAGAAUCCACUAGAAUUAAAGCUGUUUACAUCCUUUGCAUGUUGAUUUUUGCUUAUUUCACAUACAGGUCUUAAUUAGGUGGAAGUAAUGGCAAAAAGCUUCGCUUCACUUCCAUUUUUUGCUUUAAAAGUUAGUUUUUCCAUGAUGCACAUUUUUGUAACAGUAUACAAUGCAUUUUUUUAUUCAGAGUAAAUAUUUUUCAAAAGACA